AUGAGCGCAGACGAUAUGUGGAUGAUUGUGCACAAUAAGGUGUAUAAUGUGUCCCCGAUUUUGAAUUCACAUCCUGGCGGAUCCGAAGUCCUUUUCGAUUGCGCUGGCGUAGACGCCACUUUGGCGUUUGAGGAUGUAAGCCACUCUCAUUUUGCGUGGGAAAUGAUGGAGGAUCUUUACGUUGGUGACCUGGCACCCGAGGACAUUCAAAGACUAGAAAAAUUGAACUACAAAAAGAAGAGACGGCUGAAGGCACCAAUUUACGAGAGAGCAACCUCGAAGCCAGAAAAGGAAUUUGUUGACAGCACAGAAGUUAUCAAGUUCAUGAGUCGUACAGCGUUCCUGGCAUGGUUUGCUGUUAUUAGUUUGCUUGGAUACCUUUAUAUUCAGUUCCGAAAAUUGUGA